AUGGACAAUAAGGCCUUGGAACCUGAUUCUGUGAGUCUCCCCAUGGAGGAGGCCGUCCUGUGUAAUGGAGGCAGCCCGCCUGUAGCUCAGCCUCAGCUGCAGCAGGAUGCGUCCAUGCUGACCCACCUGAAGAAGGUUGAGAACCAGAUCACUGAUGCGCAGCGUUUCUCCCACCUACCCAAACGCUCGGCCGUGGACCUGGAGUUCAUCAACGUCUCCUACACCAUCCAGGAGGGACCAUGCUGGAGGAGCUGGAGGAGGAGAGGUUUCAAAGCCUUAUUGAAGUGCCUGUCUGGAAGGUUUUGCAGUCGAGAGCUGAUAGGAAUCAUGGGGCCCUCGGGGGCUGGGAAGUCCACCUUAAUGAACAUUCUAGCUGGAUACAGGGAAACAGGGAUGAAGGGUCAGAUCCUGGUAAAUGGGAAACCCAGGGACCUGAGGAAAUUCAGGAAAAUGUCCUGCUACAUCAUGCAGGAAGACAUGCUGCUGCCACACCUCACUGCCAGGGAGGCCAUGAUGGUCUCAGCCAACUUAAAGCUGGAUGAAACUAUGGAUGUGAAGAAAGAACUGGUGAAUGAGAUUCUGACUGCUUUAGGGCUCCUUGACUGUGCUCACACUCGUACCAGCUCGCUGUCUGGAGGUCAGUGUAAACGUCUGGCCAUCGCCCUCGAACUGGUCAACAAUCCUCCAGUCAUGUUCUUUGAUGAGCCCACCAGCGGCUUGGACAGCGUGUCGUGCUACCAGGUGGUCUCCCUAAUGCGUUCGCUGGCACUGGGAGGACGCACCAUCAUCUGCACCAUUCACCAGCCCAGUGCCAAACUGUUUGAAAUGUUCGACAAGCUCUACAUCCUCAGCCAGGGACAGUGUAUCUACAAAGGCACAGUCCCAUACCUCAUCCCCUAUCUGAAGACUCUGGGCCUCUACUGUCCUACCUACCACAACCCUGCCGACUUCAUCAUUGAAGUGGCGUCAGGAGAAUACGGAGACCUAAACCCUGUGCUGUUCGAGGCGGUCCAAGGUGGAAUGUGUGCAUUAGAGGAGAAGAAGAAUCAGUGUGACACCAAUGGCCAGUCAGUCUGCGCAACAAAGUGCCCCAUGGACACCGGCCACGUAGAGAGCCACACCUUCGCCACAAGCACACUAACACAGUUCUGUAUCCUCUUCAAGAGAACCUUCAUAACUAUAUGUCGAGACCAGGUUCUGACUCACCUCAGACUGAUUUCCCACAUCUCCAUAGGUGUGUUAAUAGGUUUGCUCUAUCUGAACAUUGGCAAUGAUGCCAGCAAGGUGUUUAACAACACUGGAUUUCUCUUCUUCUCUAUGCUCUUCCUCAUGUUUGGAGCGCUCAUGCCAACUGUGUUAACCUUUCCUCUGGAGAUGUCUGUGUUUCUGAGGGAGCAUCUUAACUACUGGUACAGUCUGAAAGCCUACUACCUGGCCAAGACCAUGGCUGAUAUCCCAUUCCAGGUCAUCUGCCCCAUCAUGUACUGCAGCAUAGUGUACUGGAUGACGGAGCAGCCACCUGAGGCCAGCCGCUACCUGCUCUUCAUCGCCCUGUCCACCUGCACUGCCCUGGUGGCCCAGUCCCUGGGCCUGCUGGUCGGUGCUGCCUCCACCUCACUACAGGUCGCCACAUUUGUUGGACCUGUCACUGCCAUCCCAGUGCUGCUUUUCUCUGGAUUCUUUGUGAACUUUGACACGAUCCCCAAGUAUCUGCAGUGGAGCUCCUACGUGUCCUACGUCAGGUACGGCUUUGAAGGGGUGAUCCUGUCCAUCUACGGGAUGAACCGCUCAGAGCUGGAGUGUCCAGGGAAGGUGUGCAAGUUCCAACAGCCUGAAGAGGUCCUGCAGCUGUUGGAUGUGGAAGAUGCGAAGCUCUACAUAGAUUUCAUCGUCCUGGGCGUCUUCUUCAUCAUCCUGCGACUGGCCACUUACCUCGUCCUCCGCUACAAGGUCAAGUCUGAGAGAUAGGCUUCGCUCGGCCCAUCUAACCUAAACUCACAGUCCUACCUAUUGUCAUUCCAGACGUGGACUCUCUCUGUGCACAGAGAACAUGUCGUGUCAUGUGGGAAUUUGUUUUCAUUUCAUUUUACUCAUUGCUGCUAAAAGGACAGAACAUAAAUCCUGAUUCUGUUCUCCUGCCAGCAGCUGUGGAGGUGACGGUGCAGAGCAGUGAGGAGUCAGCUUAUAAUCCACAUACACCUGUUUUACCUCAUCAUGACUUAACUCGUGUGCACAAAGAUACAUCAGCAGUGAGGAGACUGAGCCACAUUCAGCAGCGUAUACCGUACACUCCAUAAGAAAGAAAUGUAUUGAGAACGAGGCAGACGUGAUACAGUAGCAGAACGGACACGCGUGUUUGUUCUACACUGUGCUGCUGUUCUGUGUUUGGACUUUGGUCCACAAAACUGCCCCCCCUUGAGAAAACAGAGUGUUUACAUUGCUCUUAUAGCCAAAAACCUGCGGCUAAACUGUUGCACUGGAGAAGAAGUGUGAUGUCUUGUGCCUGAAAGAGUGAAAAUGAUUGAGCAUUUUUCAGUGAUAAUCAUGGGAUCAUUACAUAUGUACGCUGUGUGAAAGCAGUUUAUUUUUGUUCUAUAUUCUUGUUGUCAUGUGACUGAACUCGGGCAACAGUCCCAGUACAUUUACUUCCAAUCAUUGUUUGAGCUAAAUUGUUUUUUAACAUGUUGAUAGUUGUAAAUUAAGCUUUACUAUGAUUGCCUAAAGAAAUUUGGUAUUUUUUGUACUUCCAUAAUAUGAUCUAAAAUCGUUUAAAUCUUAGUUGCAAUAAUAAAGAAAAAAAAGUUAAGCCUUAAUCAGUUGACACUGUGCUGUAUUAUCUUUAGUACUCUAUGCAUAUGCAAUGAUAUUAAUGUAUUUAAGCAAAAUAGAUGAGUUCAUGUACGGUUAUUGUUUUGUGUCCACUCCACUAAAGCCACAAGGACACAACAUGCUCAUGCAGUCAUGUUUGGUGCUAUCUGAAGUUUCAUGUUUAGUUUGAAAUACAUGUUCAAUAAAAAAUAAAUAUGUAUGCAUCUGGACUGCACAUUACAAAGAUACUGAGCACUUAGAGAGCAACCAAAGAGAAUUCAAUGUAAGUGGAAGUACGUUACAGUGUGUUACCUGUUUUGUUUAUAUGUGUAUUAAUUCGUUCUUGGUUGAAGCAUAUUCUUACAGAUCAAACUGUAAUAGUACUGUACAGCUAUUUACACUGACUGAUAUUCCAAUAAACACUGAUCUCACUUA